AUGGACAAGAUAAAGGAAGCGUUUAGCCGACUGGACAAGUUCUCCCUGGAGAAUGCUAACCGGCUGUGCACGGAGGUCGAGAGUAUUGAGGAAAAACUUCUUGGCGACGCAGGCGAUGCCGAGCGCAAGAACAAGCUGAUCGAUGCCUCCCUUAAGCACAUGCGGGAGCUCACCGAGGUGCUCGUCUGGAUGGACAGCAACCGCCACGAGUGGUUUGAGCGGUUGCUGGAGCGUGACGUCAUGAACACACUCGAGCGCCUCGUCACGAAUGGUCUAAUGCCGUCGCCUGUAAAACUGCAGAGCCUGCAGAGUGUCACGUUCAUGCUGCAGAACCUGUCGCGGACGCCGUCGCUCUACUACCUCUGCAGCAACAACCACAUCAAUCGCAUGGUCGCCGUCGAGUUCGACAUCCACGAUGACGAAUUCGUCUCGCUAUACGUGUCCUUCCUGAAGUCUUUAGCCCUGCGGUGUACACCCGACACAGUGCCGCUCUUCUUCGAAGUGCAAGACAGGGCCUUUCCGCUCUGGGAUCGGGCUGUGAGGCUGCUGGGCUCGGAGGAUGUCAUGGUGCGCACCGCCGCCAAGCAGAUCAUCGUCACCAUCGCACAGUUACAGGAUACGGCGGUGUCUGCCUUCAUAGAUGCGUCCAUCGCUGACGUCUUUCGAAGCGUAUUGCACUUCGUGAGUGCGCAGAUCGUGCGCCUUGCAGCGCGUGUUCCGUCCUGGAUCACCCUACAAUGGACGGAGAGUUUCUCACGCGCUUCCAGCGACCCCAGUGUGGCGGUUUUUCCCUCCUCGGAAGCUGCUGCGACACCGCCGUCGCCUGCCACUCGAGCCCCCCUAGUGGUGAACACUCGUGUGCUGACGAUGCAACUGGAGGACGUGGAGGACGAGCUGCUCUACAUAAAUGAUCUUUGUCGCACGCCGGUGUCCAACGCGGGUGCGCAAGCGGCGGCGGUGACGCAGCGAGUUCUCUUUCCACGCUUCCGCGGCAUCAUCGAGGAUGAGGUGGAUUCUGCCGGCGUCGCUUUUGCCUCCUCGGCAGCGAGUGUGACGUGUGCCAAGUGCGCAGCACCUGGUGCGCAACCCAGCGACUCGUAUGUGCCUGCGUGCGUUGUGUUGGCGUUCCUCUUUUAUUGGUCACAGGUGAACACCGACGCUUGCGUUGCCGCCGCGUUAGUCAACUUCUUCUUGGAGCCGUUCAACUCAUCCUCCGGGACCUCGCGCUUCACCGUGGCGUCCAUGGUGUUGGAGUCCACACGUGUGGACCUGCAUGAGCCGGUGGUGGCCGUCUGUCGGUACGCGCUUUCGCGGACAAGACCUCCGCCCACCUCAUCGGUUUCGCCUUCGCCACCGCUGCGGUUCCCCAGCUCGCUUGGUCAUUUCUUCUACGCCGAAACACCGUACCAGCAAACGGGGAUGGUGCUGAUCGGUGGUCCAAGCUCCACGAUUCCGCCCCCAAAGGAGAAGUUCGUUCAGAAAGUGUGGCCAUCGCCGCGGACCGACACCCCCAAUGCGUUCGUGUUCCUCAUACCCCACGUAGUCGCCGCGCUUUAUACCCAAGUAAAGUACUUCCAGGCAACUCGACUCAGCUGCGUGACUGCCUUGCUGUCGCUGCUGCUCGAAGUGAUUCCGAGUGCGGCGCCGGGAAAGGUCGACUGGGCAAACGUGUACCUUGAGAUGAUGAAGCUGGUGCAGCGUCUGUUGCUGGACUGCGCGAAGCAGUACGCCUCGGUGAUACAGAAGACGGUGCAGGAGCAGAAGGAUGCGGACAGAGUCGUGCCGCUCUCUCGCAUUUCCUUCUGCGACAUCGAAUCAGUGGACGAGGAGACACCGCUGCCGAUCCGAGACCCCUACGCGCCAAUGUUUCUGAAGCUGAAGGAAGCAGCAAUGUGGAUGAAGACGGCAGAGCAGGCGCAUUCGCCGCUGCUGGAGACGGCGGUGCAGCCCAACAGCAAGAAGUGCCUGUACCUUUUUUUCCCCUCCUUUCCUCUUCUGCUGUCGGAUGAGUGCAGUCUCGUCCUGAGUGCGUGGCCGCCGCUCCUCCCCAGAUCUCACCAGCAGCCGCGUGAGGCGGCACAAUGGACGAUCGCAUACCACGCUCUGCAGGACAGCAUCGUGCGCGCCUUUGACUACUCAACUCGCUCACCGGUGUCGGAUGCCGAGUGUGAGCUGAAUCUGUAUCUGAUUUUUCUCUUGAUGCGGCGUGCGUUUGCGUGUCACAUCCAGGGGAACGGCGUCGACCUGCUGCAAACAACACUGUGGCAGCUUUCGCCUCAGUACACGCAAUCGAUGCACUUCAUUUUGACUAACACAACCACGGAGCUCUCGGUUCGGUGCGAGAUAGCCAGCGAGUGGCACUCGGACAGCCAAGCGCCUCCCAUCGCACCACCGGGAACGCCGGUCUGCAUGGUGCUUCCUUCGGCGGCCGCCGGUACGGAGGGGAGGGAGCUACUUUUCUUGGAGAUUCCCAUCAGCGUUCCGGAGAGAGUGCGCUCGCAAGAGCUGCUAACAGGUGAGUACAAGCGGCGUGUCCUCUGGAGCUUAGAUCUGGCCUUUGUGGGCAUCGCUAUCCACCCGCAGUACCCUUUCAAGGUUGUACUGUCCUACCAGCUUCCGGGGAACUUCGCGCGGCUACACCUCGUCACCACCGGGGCGGCGAUGGCGCGGAUGAUGGUGACGGACGUGGAGAAGGCGGCCAACGAGUGUCGCCAGCGUGGUGCAUCUUUCUGCUUUGGCAUAAUGAACUACAGGAGUGCCCUCGUCAACGAUUAA